AUGGCAUUUCAACCUGUAAAUCCAAAACCGUUUUUACAAGAAUUAACAGGCAAACCCGUAAUGGUUCGCUUGAAAUGGGGUAUGGAAUAUAAAGGUUUUCUAGUUUCUGUAGACUCUUACAUGAACUUACAGCUAGCAAAUACUGAAGAAUUUGUUGAAGGUCAGUCUACUGGAGCUCUUGGUGAAGUAUUAAUCAGAUGUAAUAAUGUUUUGUAUAUUCGAGGAAUUGAAGAGGACGUUGAAAUGGGUAGUUAA